AUGGCUCAGUUCCUCAUUGGAGAUGAAUUGGGCAAUAUCAAACGAUUGCACUACAACUCCAAUCCUUCGAACACCGACGAUCCCAAAACAACGAUAAAAACGGUGCUCAAUGGAUCUACCUCUGCCUCUUCGGUACAAGCUUUGUCGACUUCGGGGGAUUCUAGGAUGGUCGUCGCCGCACGCGCAAAUAAAACCGUACAUGUUUACAAGUGGAAUGAAGACGAGACUUUGGAAGCUCGAUGCUCGUGGUCAGAGACACGAAUGAAGCCUGAAACGAGAUUCGUUGGCCUUGCAUUUUCAAAUGACACUGUGUAUUCUUGCACGUCAAAUGGGGCGUUCAGGAGGACAGAUCUACCAGAAGCCUCCUCAGCCGAUCCAACACCAACCCACCAGCUCGCUGCGCUUCCUUCGAAUCUUCACGCAUGGCGAAUGUCCCCUGAUAGCGAAACCUUCGCGUACGGUGGAGACGAAAUUGAUCUAUCUGUUUGGAACGUAGAACAAGCAUUUGUGGAUCGUACUAAUUUAAAGAGUGAUAACCCUACGUCCAAAAAACGCAAGAGAAACGCCCAACUACUUCCAGGGGAGAUAUGGCGAGCUAAUAACGUUCCAAAUGACCAUCUUGGCCUCAGGCAGCCUAUUCGUAUAUCAUCCCUCACAUACCUUCCAAACACUUCCCCUCAUCACCUUGCUACCGGCACACAGUUCGGAGAUGUCCGUCUCUACGACACAAGGGCAGCUAGAAGGCCCCUGUCCAACUGGAAAAUCUUCAAGGAUGGAAGUGGUGUGAAGACAAUAGAAGCUGGGCCGUCUAACCACCAGAUCUUCGUCAGCGAUAGCCAAAGUAGGCUCUUUGCCGUAGAUAUCAGGAAUGGCUCUGUCAGCUAUGGCUACAAAGGCAUAGCAGGCGCGGUAUCUUCUGUCGCGCCCUCGCAGUCGCUGAUGGCAUCGACUUCUCUGGAUCGUUAUGUCCGCAUUCAUAGCAUCUUCGCUCCGCCGCUUCAAGCUGGCAAAGCACAAGACGAGAAGGGGGACGUGCUAGAGAAGCUUUUUGUCACAAGCAUUCCUACUGCUAUCGUUUGCGACGAAGAGGCGAUGUUGCCAGCAGACGGAGAGCACCAGGAUGAAGACGAAGAUGAAGACGAUAUUUGGCAGAAUAUGGAAGGCGUUGAUGACGAACAAGAUGAGCCCCAAUCAAGAAAACAACGUAGGAAGUAG